AAGUAGCACGGUAUUGCUGUGCGUAUUCGGAUGUGGAGUGCAGUUGGCCAAACUUUAUUUCGCAACAAAGGCAGUAAAUAUCACCGAAGCGUUUUUCUUCUUGGGAGGACUAUAUAUUGUAUGCCAGGAGGAGAUUGUUUUUCAACUGAUAAAAAUUAUUUUGGCGAUUACGCAUUUGUCAAAAGUUAUCUGGAAGCAGGCAGUUCAAGAUGUCAGAAACUUCUGUGAAUGACCAUCUGGAGGGGAUUUUGUCCGACUUUGAAGCACUGAAGAGAUCAUUUGACAUUGAGGAUGAGAUCCCUGCAUACUCUCCUUCCCCUGCCCACAGUUCCCCAUUUAGCCCCACCCCAAAUUCCAACAGGACCAAUGAUGGUAGAGGGCCAGCAAACCACACUCCUCCACCCUACCAAUCGCGGCUCAGCAUCAACCCUAGCCCUGCCCAGAGCCCAGUGCUGAGGAACAAGAUCGUCACGAGCCUCUCCUUCAACCGGGGGACAGCAGAGGCCGGUGUCAGGGCCAAUGGGAACGCGGGUUCAGGAAUCAGCCGAGCCUCAUCCUUCCAGAGCAGGUUCAACCCGAACGGCUUCUCCACCUCUGGGCUGGGGAGCCACAACGACAGUCUCCGGAGCUCCUCCUCCAGCCUGGACUCCCAGGCCUCCAUAUCCAAACAGGGUCACAGUGGCUCUGCCUCCCCCGCCGGCCUGCCCCAGGGGCCCAUGGGAAGGCGGGAGUUCAAAACCACAGGUUUGGUUGGCCCGGCCCUUAAAAAGUUCUCUUCUCACGGGAAUGUGUUCCGCUCAGAGGUAGAGGUCUCGUCGGUCCCAGCUGGUGAACCCACAGCAGUAAUCCACGGCUCCAUGCCCUCGCUGGACCUGCAGGGCAGUGGGAGCCGGGGUGUAGCCUCACUAGUUGACAGAUUUGGCCAGACGGGAGGCACCUGGAGUGCCUCUGCCAGCCGCCUGCAGGGUGGCGCCCACUCGCCCCGCCACCUGACCCCGAAACCUAAAGAGGUGGCCAAGCUUAACAAGUUCCCCCUGGAUCUAGAGAACCUGGCAGUCAAGCCUCAAGCACCCUCCGCAGAGACCCCCUCUCCCCCCAAACCACCGCCACGGUUUCACCCAAAACCAGCUGGUGCCCCCUCCCCUGCUCCUGCUGGUGCCCUCUCCCCUGCUCCUGCUGGUGCCCUCUCCCCUGCUCCUGCUGCCCCCACCCCUGCUCCUGCUGGCCCCUCCAUGCCUGUUGUUGGUGGCACGAGUGGUGUGGAUCCGGGGUUGUCCCCUGGAAAUGGCCUCAUAGUCGAGCCCGUUGUAGCUCCAGGGCCGUUCCGUGUCCCCGCCGUCAUGGUGACCCCCGUCCCGCUCUCCCCUGCCCAGACCCCUGAGCUCAGUCUGAUCACCCGCCCGCAGGUCGUCCAGCUCUCCCCCUCAGAUCCCCUUCCUCCCGCUUCCCUGAAUGUCCCCAAAGAAACCUGCCAGGAGAGCGAGACCGUGGGAUCACCUGAACAGGAAGCGUCACAGACCAAUGAGAGCAUAGUUUCACCUGAUGAGGAAGUACCACAAGCCAAUGAGAGUGUAGGACCACCCGAUAAGGAAGUAGCGCAGGCCAAUGACAGUAUAGUUUUACCUGAUAUGGAAGUGCCACAGGCCAUUGAGAGUGUCCAAACCCCUGAUAAGGAAUUGCCAAGGGCCAAUGAGAGCACUGAUAAGGAAGGACCACUGGCCAAUGAAAGUGUAGAUUUGCCUCAUAAGCAAGUGCCACAGGGCAAUGAGAACAUUGUUCCACCUGAUGAGGAAUUGUCACGGGCCAACAAGAGCACGGAGUCACCAGAAAAGGAAGUACCGGGAGCCAAUGAGAACAUAGUAUCACCCAGCCAGGAAGUGCCACGGGCUAAUGAGAGUGUAGGAUCCAUUCUCCAGAGGAUCGCCUCCUUUUCAUGUGCUGACGGAACAGGGCCCGGGCCCAAGGAAGACAAUCGCCACGGCAACAAGGAUAAGACCGAGGGGCCAGACUUUCAACAGAAGGAGGAGAGAGAGGAAGACGUGCCAGCACCGGCCCUGGAGCCAGAAAUCCAGAUAGACGAGAAGGAGGAGGAGCCCGAGGAACCGGCCCCACCCGCUUGCCCCAAGCAGCCCAGCCCUGAGGGGUACAUCACGGGGCACCAAAUGUUCGGCUACGUGGGCAUCGAGGCCGUGCUGGACCAGAUGAGGCGGAAGGCCAUGAAGACAGGCUUUGAGUUUAACAUAAUGGUUGUAGGGCAGAGCGGCCUGGGCAAGUCAACGCUGGUGAACACGCUGUUCAAGUCCAAAGUGAGCCGAAAGUCCUGCACGCCCAACUACGAGGAGAAGAUCUGCAAGACGGUGAAUCUGCAGUCCGUCAGUCACGUCAUCGAGGAGAGAGGCGUGAAAAUGAAGCUAACAGUCAUCGACACCCCAGGUUUUGGAGACCAGAUUAACAAUGAAAACUGCUGGGAGCCCAUUGUGAAGUACAUUAAUGAGCAGUACGAGAAGUAUUUGAAGGAGGAGCUUAACAUCAACAGGAAGAGGCGGAUCCCUGACACACGGGUCCACUGCUGUGUCUACUUCCUGCCGGCCACUGGGCACUGGUUGCGACCCCUAGACGUGGAGUUCAUGAAGAGGCUUGGCCUGAUUGUGAGCAUCGUACCGGUGAUCGCCAAAGCCGACACGCUCACCAUUGAGGAGAGGCUGGAGUUCAAACAGAGGAUAAGAAAGGAUCUGCAGACCAAUGGCAUCAGGGUGUACCCACAGACAGAGUACGAUGAAGAUGGAGAUGACAGGAUAAUGAAUGAUAAAAUUAGGGAAAAGAUCCCUUUUGCAGUGGUUGGGACAGACAAAGAGCACCAGGUGAAUGGGAACAAGGUCCUUGGCAGAAAAACGAAAUGGGGAAUUAUAGAGGUGGAGAAUGUUGCACACUGCGAGUUCGCCAACUUAAGAGAUCUGCUCAUCAGGUCCCACCUGCAAGACUUAAAGGACGUCACCCACAACAUCCACUACGAGACCUACAGGGUUAGAAGGCUCAAUGAAAGUAACCUCAACGGACUGGGAAUUUCUGCACUGAGUCCUGUGAACGGCGUGACGGAAAAGAGUGAGGCCGAAAGCAACCUCUGAUUUGAAGCCAGGAGUCAUACCGUCGAGGACGUUUCUGGGAACUCCUCUUCCGUCUUCUAAGGAACUGUAGUACGGACGAUCCCGCUGGCCACUAAUCAAAAGCGAGAGAGACUUUUAGGAGAAUUUCAAUACCUUGCGUCACAUUUGGAGGGUGGAGAGAAAUAAUCAGCAAUAUUUUCUCGUAGGCGUUACUGCUAAAUAAAGCAUAUUUCUUCAUUAUAAAGAAAAAAAUGUAUGCACAGAUAUUUUUGGAUAUGUACAUGGGCUCUUUUGCCUUGGGAAGAUAAGGACCGCCCACCUUUGAAGUAUAGGCUACACUUUGUAGAAAAUAACACUGUCAGACAAAAAAAAUGUAAAAAGAUGCUUUGAUCUCUGUGGGUUUUUUUUUUUCUUUUGCAAUACAGAAUGGCUCACUUCCAGCUCUUUCUCCCAGUCAUUCAGCUAUCCCUGGAUUAAAGUAGGAAACUGGGAAGACUUCAGAGCCCCAAUGGCCAUGUAACCAUCAAUACCAUAGACAUUUACAGAGAGUAAUUACUGCUUUCUAAUCUACUUCCAUUUUUUAGACACAAGUGAUGUGAUGGGCCCAUAUUUUGCUUUUUCAUCUUAAAAGGCGCCCAAGGGUUGAUCGCUAAAAUGUAUCCACAGUUUACAUUAUAAUUAUCAUUUCGUUUAUGAAUUUCUCUUAGCUUCAAAUGUUUUUCUUCAAAGGUAUUUCUAAGUGAACCCCGCUGAAAGUGUUCAGUUGUGCUGUUUGGCGGUGCUUACAAAGCUGUACAAAUGCUUUCAACAUCCAAAAGAAAUGCAGACUCUGGGUUCCAUUUUAACGUGGACCCACCCUUGGUGCCUUUUAACCCUUUCAGUCCCAAGAAUGCCAUAUGCCACUCAAACGCAACUACCGUAAAAUCCUGGUACUCUCGACCUUAUAUCUUUUCAACCAAUCAAAAUGACUGUUAUACUAUGUUUUGAGCCCAUAUUCAAAUCAUACUAAGAUCUCAACUAAAGCCAAAACGCCUUCGGAUUUGGGUGGAGCCACUUUAUUGGGUCUUGGACUGAAAGUGGAAUUAUCGGAAGCUGUGGCUGUUUAAACACACAUUUUUGUAACCUGCUUCGUAACUGAUGACAUGGGUACACGGUUGAUACGUAAAAACCGGGAUGCCUCAAAGAAGACAUCGGAGUGUAAAAAUAUUAAUCGUAUUUUCUGGUUAUGUUCGUCUACAUUCAUAGUCCACUUUGAUGUUAGUGUCUUUCACAAAAUGCGCAAUAGAUGUCUUGCUGAUGGUGGUAGAACCCAUCAUUUCACAAAUGAAGAAUUCUGGCCUUUUUGACAAACGUAGAUUAAAUUUAUAUCCAAUAUAAAUAUAAAAAACAAUGGCACCCCAGUCUUGCAUGUAGGCUAUUAACUUAAUAUAGUCUUUUUAUCAGGGGGCCAACGAAAUACUUCACCUUUCAGCUCUGAACAGAAAAGGUUAUUAGACUCACAAAUAAACCUUUUCUAAAGUGCGAGUACAUCGGUCUUUAAUGUUAAUUUCAGAAUUAAUGAAUUCCAACUCUUAGCAUCUAGCUCUCGCGCACUAAUUGGCAUCCAGUUGGAAACUCCCAAUUAUCAACAAUGUAAGAAGUAACGUUACAAGUUCGAAGUUACCAGCUCAAAUGCAUACGUUAAAUUAUUCUGACAAGUUUGUUUGACAAAAGAAAAUGUUUGUCUGUACUAUAAUAAGAACUAUAUAAUCGACACCUUAGACGGUUGAGUUGACAAUUAGUUUCAUUUGCCGAUUGGUCACAGAAGGUUUCAAUUUAGGUCGAGGUGUUCUAGGAAUUUGAGUUACUCCGUGCCGAUUGUUCGAAUGCUGUUGUUGGGUAGUAGGCUAUGUCUUUUUUAUUUUUUUAUUUAAUAUAUUUUCCAUGUUAGUAGCCUAAUCACUUCAAAUAAACAUUCAACUUACUUCUUGAUCUACUGUGAGGAGUAAACGGUCGGCGUCUGACGGUUCACAUUUAGUUGAAUGCAUUAAAGUUGUAGACCGCAGUUAUGAGUGAAAGCCUUAAAGUCUAAAACAAAAGCGCCAUCUUGAGGCCAGGGUAGGAAAGUACACUGAUAAUAACCGCCCAAACAAAAGGAUUAAUUUUAAUUAAAUGAUGCACUACCAUGACUGGCCACAAGCUUGUAAGGAUUGCACGGCAUUGUAUUUAAUACUGACAUAAGUGUUGGUUUGCCGAUGGUGGAGGUUGAUACCGCAUAUUGAUACCUUUUAAGGGUCUCCUAAAAAAUAACAUAAUUCUAGUAUCUAGUAUCUCAUUUCUCAUUAAAUUGUAAGUGUAUUUACAAGUAAGUACUUCUGGUUCCUCAUUUCUGAUAAAAUAACCGACUCAGACAUGCCAUUGUAAGUAGGCUACAUUAUAGAUCCAUUGCUAACUUACACAUUCAUUUUGUGACACUUUACAUGCCGUGCUGCAUCUUGCAUAUCGUCUCAUCAGGAAUGCUAAGUUUUCUUCCUGCCAUUCAGAAUGCAUUCCAAUAAAUUAACAAUCCAAAAGCCCCUGAGAAUUACCACUCUGUAGCCAAGGACCCCGCCUCAAUUGAAUACUUAAUAUUUGGCUUUAAUUAACAACUACUCUAGGCUGCAAUACAGUGGUUAUCACAAGUACAUGGAAGCAUGUUUCGAUAUCUGUGGAACACAUGUAGCGAUUCAGCACAAAAUAAAUAUGUAAUACACUAUCGUGAUCAUAAUAUUAUCAAGGAUGUGUUUAUUUAAUCUUAAAUCUGAAAUAUGUAAUGUAUGCACUAUGAAAAUAAAAAAAUAUUCUUGACUGCAAAGAAA